GUCCACAAUGGCUCUCCUCCCUGCCAUUCUCGCCGUGCUUAACGUGGCCACUGCCGCGACAAUUACCACCAGCGAGCCUUCUCUUCCUGAGAUCCAAGCUGCCCAGGCGACUACGCUGCCCGAGACGACCAAUUCGGAUGUGGGGGGUGUUGCCUUCGACCGCUUCUACCAGAUCUGGCUCGAGAACAUCGACUACAGCUCUGCCGCCGGCGACCCCAACCAGAAAUGGCUCGCGAGCAAGGGCAUCACCUUGACCAACUACUUCGCAGUGGGCCACACCUCCGAGCCCAACUACUGCGCAGCAGCCAGCGGUGAUAACUAUGGCAUGGACAACGACCAAUUCAUCCAGAUCCCUAGCAACGUCUCCACCGUUGCUGAUCUGUUGGAUACCAAGGGGAUCUCCUGGGCCGAGUACCAGGAGCACCUCCCCUUCCCCGGAUUCCAGGGGUACAACUAUUCGAAUCAGGAGACAUACGCCAAUGACUACAUGCGCAAGCACAAUCCCCUGGUUCUCUUCGACACCGUCACCAACAAUGAUACUGCCUUGCGUCAGAUCAAGAACUUCACCGACUUCCAUGACGAUCUGAACAGCAAGAAGCUGCCCCAGUGGGCCUUCAUCACCCCUAACAUGACAAAUGACGCCCAUGACACUAACAUCACCUUUGCUUCUGCCUGGCUCCGUGAUUUUGUCUCUGGGUUGAUGGACAACGACUAUUUCUGGAACAACACCCUUCUCUUGCUCACCUUUGACGAGAGUGAGCACUACUCAGUCCAGAACCGUGUCUUCAGCAUCCUGCUUGGCGGCGCAGUCCCCGAGGAUCUAAUCGGAACCACCGAUGACACUGUCUACACGCACCAUUCCUCCAUUGCCUCCGUCUCUGCCAACUGGGGAUUGCCGUCUCUUGGCCGUUGGGAUUGCGGUGCCAACAUUUGGGAGUUCGUCGCCAACAAGACGGGCUACACAAACUGGAAGAUCGACCCAACGAAGCUCCUCCUCAACGAAUCCCUUCCGGGCCCGCUGUCUGCCAAGGAGUACUCCCAGUACCGAUCUAGCUGGCCUGUCCCUGCCACAGACGAGAAGUGCUCUGCCGGCAACGGUAUCCUGCCCCAGGUCGUCCAGACUUACAAGGGACAGAAGCCCACAUAUAACUACACUGCACCUUUCCCGUACGAUGAGUCUGCCGGUCUCGACAUUGGCGUCUCCUAUUCCCGCGAUGGAAUUACCUAUGUCUCUGGUGUCAAUGCGACCACUUCUACCUCGACCACCACGGCUAACGGCACCUCAAGCUCGAGCCCUGCUCAUCCUUCUUCCAGCAAGGGUGCUGCGGCUGGCCUCACUCUUCCGGCUGUUGGAAGCGGUGUUAUGGCCGUCAUGAUCGCUGCUCUCCAGGGUUUUAUUCUGUAGAUAUCUUUGUGUUAUACGAGAGUACAACUGGUUGCAAAACUGGUGGAAGCGUCUAUACUCUUGAUUCUCUCUCGAGCCCUAAUCUGAAAGAUGGUGAUCUGCUUUUGUAAAUUAUUCUGAGAAUCUCUGUGAUCAUCCUACAGAAAAGCCCUGUUUGUAUGUUCAUGAGAUGGUAAUUUUCCUAGAAACCACAGGCAUCCAGAAAGGGAAAGUCAAUGCGGUUCUAGAAAUUCCAGUUUAUAUAGUGGCAUAUAUCUCUAAUACACAGAACGCUUU